CUCCAGAUGAAAUCCUGGCCCAGUUCCCUCCGGGAAAGGAGGCCGGGGGUCAGGAAGGGGCGAGGGAGCUGGGGACGGUCUCCGGCCCUGCUGACGACGGAACGUUCCGGAAGCUCGCGGCCGGGGAGCAGGAGGAGGAGGAAGAGGAGGAGGAGGUGGUGGAGGAAAUGGGCAACAGGCCUCAGGCCUUGACUGGGAUUUCGACCCCCCAAGAAGAACCUAAGAGCUCAGCGACAUCGGCGACGAUGGAGUUGGAUAAACUGAUGGCGUCUCUGUCUGACUUCCAGCUGCACAGCCAACCCCCUGCCCAGCCCUGUGUCCCGGUGCUGAGCCCCGCUCUCAAGGGCAGUGAGCAGGUGGGACCGACCCCGGCUCCGAACCUGGACAACAUGCUGGGAAUUCUGCGCUCCAACCUGAAGCAGCAGGGCAUCGUCACGGUGCCCAAGGGGAGCUGUACGGCCUGUCACAAGCCCAUCGUGGGGCAG